CCAAACUCUCCCUGCAAAUUUUCCCAUCAUUCAUCGCUACAUCCGCAACCACCUUUCCUUUCGAACCCAUACUGAAAUCACUUGAUCCCAAAUUUUCAUCACUGCCUUUGUGCCUCUACUCACUUCUUACUACGAACCCAACGAAACUUCUUGAUCCCAAAUUUUCAUCAUGGGUCCGAGAAUCAUGAAGAGCGAAGUGUUUGAGGUUGCCGGGGACUACGCAACAUUGAAAAAGGAAAACACCCAGACGAAUAUACUUCGGGAUGCUCAGCCGCCGCAGAUUCCUGAUGCCCUGGAUGUUGGCAAGAACAAAGGUCACUGUAGCAUGCCGGUAUUGCCCCCCGAGAUUCUGGCGAUGAUUUUUAGAUAUCUUGUGCCGGAACGUUCGGCCGCCACCGCGGACAAGCCGCCCUACGACAAGCUUUCAAGCUCCGCUUUAUACAGAGGUCUGAUCAACGUCUCCCGAGCCGGUAAACACUUCCAUAACUUGGCUAAACCACUCCUCCUCGAGAAAGUGGUCCUUUCAAACUGCCCGAAUAUGUACAAGUUUUUCAGAACGCUUGUGCAGGAUCCAGAAAAGGGGAAGCAUAUCAAACACCUCUCCCUUGAUUUCCCGGUCAACGACAACUUUAACGUGUACUCAAUACCACCGAACCUACUCCAAGAGGCCGCAGUAAUCGUCACCAUGAUUUUCAAUGAUCCGUAUCUGCCGUAUGACAUACCGAGUACCUUUGCACGCGAGAAGUUGCCGUGGUAUUGGAAGUGGUACAGAGACAAGCGCGUCGAGAUCGAUGUCGUACCACAGGCCGACAACUGGGCGCAUGCGAACAUGAUGGUGGAAGUGGCGGAAUUGGCGGAAGUAAACUUCCAGACUCCUCCCCGUGAGCUCUUGGAGAAGCCUGAGUUGAUCCCCCUCCUCAGCACAAACGAGUAUCUGGCGUUUUUAACAUGCUUCGACCGACUCAAGAAUAUCCGCUACCUCAAGGAUAUGGGGCUGGAGAAACACAUUGAUAGCCUUAAGCGGCUGCAACUACUCAGCAAAAAGGAGGGCCUCUCAGGCUUGGACCACACAAAGCACGAUGUAUUCCUCAAGGCAUACAAGCUCAUUGCCUCCAAUCCUCGCCAGGACAGGCUAAGGACGCCAACCAUGAACUUCCACCUGCAGCUUUUCGAAUUCAUUGAUUUUCACAGAGAUCAGAGACUUUACUUCGAGAACCAGGUGGAUGCCACGACAGUCACGGGUCUCACCUUAACCCGUACCAGGGACCAAUGUGACGUUGCCGAAUACCUCUUUCACCGAGGGAGUCGCGCCUGGCAGUGGCACUGCCUCGACAACCGACUGGCUUUCUUCCCCAACCUUGAAGUUCUCCAUCUUCCCCUGUUCCUGUCCCACAAGCUCAGCAAAAUGGUGUACCCCUGGGGGGCCAGGUUUCUUCUUGAUCUAAACGGCGACGUGCAAGAACAAGGACACUUGGGUUGGGCGAAUCUCAGGAACCUGACGAAGCUGAAGGAGCUCACCAUCACCUUCUCGGGUCUCACGGGGGAGAAGGAAGCCUUGGCCAGCCUGGAUUCCCUCGUCGAUUUCUUCGCCAGCUACCUUCCGCCCAGCGUGGAGACGCUCAACCUCGUUGAGUGGUGGUCCGGCUACUACGCUGGGGGCUACAUGCGGCUGGAGUGGCGGGAAUCGGACUGGGCCCGCUGGCUGGAGGCGAUGCUGGGGUUUUUGGAUAAGUUGUCGUCGGCAAUAGCGCGCGUGAGGCCGCCCUCACUGAAGAGGAUUGAGGUGUCUUGUAUUGAGGGAGAGGGGCCCGCAGAGGCCUUCUAUAACCUGGAGCAGCGCUUGAUAGGGGUCGUCAAUAUGUUGGGAAUCAGCUUGGUGAUUAAGCCGUUAGGUUGUGCGAGGAUACCUAGGGUGACCCUCCCUCGCCGAGGCCUGAGGAUAGGAGACUAA